AUGGACUUACAUGGUGAUAGAAUGAGGCAAAAAGCUAUGAAGACAGCAUCUGGACUUUCAGGGAUUGACUCAGUUGCUGUUGAUGUUAAAGACAUGAAAUUGGUCUUGUUGGGUGACAUUGAUCCAGUGAAUGCCGUGACCAAGCUACGAAAGUUGUGUCGCACUGAAAUAGUUUCAGUUGGACCAGCAAAAGAGGAGAAGGAGGAGCCAGCAAUGUUAACUUUUCCUCUAAAAUUCAAUGAAGCCUAUUAUCCUCUUUAUUAUCAGAUGACACCACAGAAUAGUCAAUGUUACUGUUACGAUGAGAAUCCUAAUGGCUGUGUCAUCUGCUAA